UAAGAUGAGUGAGAUUUUUUUCAUGCAAUUGAAUCUAUGCCAUGAGAAGUCUACCCCACUAAUCACUGAGGAUGUAUAAAAGUCCCAGGGAAGCUGGUGAUAGUUGUACUCAGGAAACUUGCCCUUGACCUCCAAACACAUCUACAGUUGCUGAACCAUGAGCUACUACAGAAGCUAUUAUGGAGGCCUGGGCUAUGGCUAUGGAGUUGGUGGCCGGGGCUAUGGCUAUGGCUGCGGCUGUGGCAGCUUCCGCAGGUUGGGCUAUGGCUGUGGCUACAGAGGCUAUGGAUUCAGCUCCUGCCGACCAUUAUACUACAGAGGAUAUGGAUUCUCUACCUUCUACUGAAGAGUGAACUCAUUCUUUGGAUCACUAGAAUCUGUCUAUCAUCCUGACUUAAUUCUCCUUUCAGGUCUUUUUACCCCCUCUGUCAAUUGCGCAGUCAUUUUCUUGAUAAACCAGACAAAGCAGCAAAGGGUGCCUUGUGAACUCUUCAAAGUCAAGACUCAAUUCUGGCAGCAAACACAACAGAAUCAGUGGCAGCAGCAAGGGGAACCUGUAGAACGACCUAGAAUCCCACCUUUCAAGCUGUGAAUCCCUCUCUUCCCUUAUUAAUAUAUCAACAUGGCACCAACUCUUCUAUUUUAAUAAACUAAUUUU